CGGUCGCUCAUAUUCAUAGACUGCUCAUAUUACACAGAUUUCUAUUGGUAGAGAUCGCGUGCAGGUAGGCGGGAGUUAUUGGCGUGUAAUGAGAAGAGGCGGGGCUUUAGGGUUGGACAGAAAAAGAAGGAAAGCGGAGACACCCGAGAAAACACGAUGGCUGCGAUCCGUAAGAAGCUGGUGAUCGUCGGGGAUGGCGCCUGCGGGAAGACCUGCUUGCUCAUUGUCUUCAGCAAGGACCAGUUCCCCGAGGUGUACGUGCCGACGGUGUUCGAGAACUACGUGGCGGACAUAGAGGUGGACGGCAAACAGGUAGAGCUGGCUUUGUGGGAUACAGCAGGGCAGGAGGACUAUGACAGGCUCCGCCCCCUCUCCUACCCUGACACUGAUGUCAUCCUCAUGUGCUUCUCCAUCGACAGCCCCGACAGCCUGGAGAACAUUCCGGAGAAGUGGACUCCGGAGGUGAAGCACUUCUGUCCCAAUGUUCCGAUCAUCCUGGUGGGGAACAAGAAGGACCUGCGGAACGACGAGCACACGCGUCGGGAACUGGCCAAGAUGAAGCAGGAACCGGUGAAGCCAGAAGAGGGGCGGGACAUGGCGAACCGCAUCAAUGCAUUCGGCUACCUGGAGUGCUCAGCCAAGACCAAGGACGGCGUGCGGGAGGUUUUUGAGAUGGCCACCAGGGCGGCGCUGCAGGCCAAGAAGCGCGGAAAGAAGAGCGGCUGCCUGCUGCUAUAGAGGGCCGCGGACAGGGGAAGGGCGGGGCAGGGGGGCGGGGAGAGGGUUGCGAGGUGCAGGGAAGUUUAAAGGGAGAAGGCAGCACGGCCCCACGGGGCUGCAGCAGACUGAGAAAGAGCUGCUUUCACCGGCCAGCGCGAGAGAGGGAGAGACUUUUCAGAUCGCAGAUGAAAAGAAAAGGCUUCUGUCAUCCCUCAGAAGAGAGACGGUUGUUGCGGUGAGAAGACGAGUGCGUGCGUUUCCCUCCGCGUGCUCGCAGGGGUUCUGUCUGCGUGUCUGUGUAGAUAUGUAAGUGUGGGUCUGUCUGGUCUGCCAUUUUCUACUGAUGUCCGAGUCUGUGGCGGAGCGUUUGAGGGCAUUGAUUCCCCUCUUGUUUAAAGUAUCUGCUGUUCCCCAAACUGGGUCUGGAACCCCUCCCUGCACCUCUCCUCUCUCCCACAGUCCCUUUUCUGGGUUUCCACACAUCAGGCACCAGUCAGGCGUAGCAACAAAAAAAAUAAAAUAAAAUAAGGAACUGGACAAAAGUACCAUUGAUCCGGUUAAAUAGUUGAACCAACCAGCAGUUUAUUUUUUGAGUUAUUGAAAUAUCUACUGUUUUUAAAAGUUUGCAUUUACAUAUAAAAUCCAUUUUGAAAAAUGACAAAAAAACAAGAUAAUGCUAAUGCAUUUUGUGAGUGUUUUUCUAUGCUUGUUUGUGGGUUGUAGAUUUUUAAUUAAAUUGAGUAGCUUGGUUUCAGCUGAUUUUGUCUGAGUGGGGUGUAGAUUUAAUAGGAGUUUGUGAGAAUAAGACAACACUUGUUGAGCACCUACAGAAGCCCUUCUGCAUAUAGGGUUUGGAAAGGCAUGUCGUUUUGUAAUUGGUACAGAAUAAAGGUUUUUAGAAAAAUUCAGAUAAUUUGCUGUUUGCCUGUGCAUCGGUCCGCUCUGCGUUUGGAGUGUGGGAGUGGAGCCGCUCUGCGUUUGGAGUGUGGGAGUGGAGCCGCUCUGCGUUUGGAGUGUGGGAGUGGAGCAGCUCUGUGUUUGGAGUGUGGGAGUGGAGCCGCUCUGCGUUUGGAGUGUGGGAGUGUGGGCGUUGGUCCGCUCUGCGUUUGGAGUGUGGGAGUGUGGGAGUGGAGCUGCUCUGUGUUUGGAGUGUGGGAGUGGAGCCGCUCUGUGUUUGGAGGGUGGGAGUCUGGGAGUGGAGCCGCUCUGUGUUUGGAGUGUGGGAGUGGAGCCACUCUGCGUUUGGAGUGUGGGAGUGGAGCUGCUCUGUGUUUGGAGUGUGGGAGUGUGGGAGUCGAGCCGCUCUGUGUUUGGAGUGUGGGCGUCGGUCCACUCUGCGUUUGGAGUGUGGGAGUGGAGCCGCUCUGUGUUUGGAGUGUGGGAGUGUGGGAGUGGAGCCGCUCUGUGUUUGGAGUGUGGGAGUGUGGGAGUGGAGCCGCUCUGUGUUUGGAGUGUGGGAGUGUGGGAGUGGAGUCGCUCUGUGUUUGGAGUGUGGGAGUGGAGCUGCUCUGCGUUUGGAGUGUGGGAGUGUGGGAGUGGAGCCGCUCUGUGUUUGGAGUGUGGGAAUGUGGGCGUCGGUCUGCUCUGUGUUUGGAGUGUGGGAGUCGAGCCGCUCUGUGUUUGGAGUGUGGAUGUCACUGUACAAAAAUCCACUUCUCCCUCCAUUAAAAAGAAAAACUCUUUUUCCCUCUAUUAUUGUUAUGAUGAUUAUGAUUUGUUAUUAUCUGUUUCUUUAUUUGUUCUUGUACUGUAUAUUUAACCGUGUGAAAUUAUACUUGCUUGUCCUGAAUUUAUUAUUCCUCCUUUGAAAAGUUUAAAACCUUAAAAACAUUACAAAAUUAAAUAUAUAAAAGAAUAAAAUAAAUUAUAUUCAUUUGGGUAUUACAUCUUUUUUUAAGUAUCAUGCAUAAAAUGUUGUAUAAUGUAAUGCAGAAAAAAGAACAUUACCUUGAUGCAGAAAAGCUUUUGUACAAAUAAUGAAUCUUGAAAUUUCCCCAGUCCGCUUUUAAAAGUACUUUGAAAAUAAAUUGCUUUUAGGGUAA